AUUUUAUCAGCCUCUUAUGACGUUGUUUCUAAAACGCCUGCAGUCGGCUUUUAUUUGGGCUAAAAAAUAGUUUGCUUCGAUAACUUUCUUUCAUCGUUUUUCUUUCAUCAUGUCUGCCUGGAAAGCUGCCGGUUUUUCUUACCUUCAAUACGCCAACAUUUGCGCCAAGGCCCUCCGCAAUUCCUUGAAGGAAGAUCUUCGCACUGUGGCUGCUCAGCGCGAUCGUAAUGGUCUCAAAUUCGCUAAAUGGGAAAAGGGCCAGCAGAAGGAACAACGCUUUGUCGCCACCAACUCCAAGACCGAAUAAAAAUGGAGUGUCAACGGUCUAGCAACUCCGUGAUGCUAAAAUAGUCGGCGACCAGGGUAGCAUCUGUUUAUAUAUCUUCUUAAGCUUCGUCCAAUUGAAACGAAAACGAAUCUUCAUAAAAGAACAAAAACAAAAAAAAGUCAUUUUGCAU